AUGGUGCCUACAUCCAGGUCUAUUGUGACGUUGGCUCUCAUUGCCACAAGUAGCUUUGUCCUUGCCGCUUCUUCUAACUGCGUGGAGCUCAAUAUCCCUGUCACUGCGCAUGCCAAUAAUACAAAGUUAAAUACCGUCAGAGUUGACAGCAAUGUCGAUGCGGUUGAGUUUACUCUAAGUCGAGACCGAUGGGAUGCUCUUACAAUUGACGAGAUUUCCGCGGGCAACAUUGCGGUCGGCGGAAACUUUGAGAUCAGCGGUCACUUUUGUGUUCCACCAACUCCUCGGAAUGGCGAGAAUAUUCUCAUGAUUGCAUCUCACGGCGUUGGCUUCUCAAAAGGGGUUUGGGAUUCCGCUUACCGUCCGGACGAAUUUUCGUUCGUCGAUGCUGCAUUGGCCCAGGGUUACGCUGUUCUGGCCUAUGAUCGCCUCGGUGCUGGUCAAUCGUCUCUUCCCGAUGCAUACGAUGACCUUCAAGUUCCUCUACAAGGCGAAGUUCUUCGCGCUCUCACCGAAAUGGCUUUAGACGGCACAAUCGUCACAGCCUCGGAGAAGACAGGAGGAAGCAGCAGCAUAACAGAGUAUACAGCAGACAAGGUCGUGCACGUGGGCCAUUCUUACGGAUCAAUCGUCACCAACUGGUUCCUCGCUCGAUACGGCUCCCUCAGUGCAGGCGCAAUCCUUACCGGGUUCUUGAUUGACAACCAGUUUGCCGGCCUCAAGGUCGAGAUUGCCGACUUGUCCUAUGCUCCCGAGCAUAACCCUGCCCUUUUCGCAAACCGGACGAGCGGCUAUUUGGCAUUCGGCAGUCUUACCGCUCUGCAGGCCGACAGUUUCAAGAAGGAAACUUUGGACCCAAAUGUGCUCACCCUUUGGAAUGACACCAUCCAGUCGACUCUUGGAGUGGGGGAGGUCUUGACGCUUGGUACUGGAGUUGGAGAUCUUGUGGAGGAUUUUACCGGGCCUCUUCAGAUCUUUGUUGGUGAAAACGAUUUCGCCUAUUGCGCCGGCCAAUGCGCUGGGACCUUUAAUAUGACGCAGCUUCACGGUAUAUAUCCCAACGUGAAGGAUCUGGACGUCUACCUCCAGCCCAACACUGGACAUGUCGUCCAAUUGUCUCUCAAUGCGACGGCUGGAUACCAAGUGUUGUUUGGCUUCUUGGAUAAGAAUGGGCUAUAA